CGCUGCCCUUUCCUGUUAGCUAACGCAUAGCUUUCAUGUCAUACCACAUUUAGCUACCUGUCUCUAAUCUCUUAUAUUUACUCAAUCUAUAGUACUUUUUCGAUCAAACGCAAAUAUGGCAGAGGCCAUUCAAAAGAAAUUGAAAGCGGAAGUAGAAAAAUAUACACUAAUGCAAAAAGAUGUUAGCAAGAGCAUGUCAGCCAGACAAAAGCUGGAGACGCAGCUGACAGAGAACAACAUUGUCAAAGAGGAACUUGAUCUGCUGGACAGCUCAAACACAGUUUAUAAGCUCAUUGGCCCAGUGUUAGUGAAGCAAGACCUGGAUGAAGCCAAAGCCACAGUCACAAAAAGGCUGGAGUACAUCAACGGAGAGAUUCAAAGGUACGAGAUGCUCCUGAAAGACAUGGAAAAGAAAUCUGAACAGCAUCGAGAAGUCUUGUCCAGUUUGCAGCAGGAGUUUCAGAGAGCUCAGGGCUUGGCUGUGGGCAAAGUUUGACCAAGUGAUCCAGCUGUAUGCUCACACACAUGCGCAUAGAGAUAAAAAUAGAAGGGGUUAGUCACAAUAAAAUGUAAACCUACAACAUAAGGCAGAGUCAAUUCUGCUUGUAUCUUGUCAUUAAGCAGCGUUAUUACUGUGACUUUUCUGUUGUUACUAAUAAACAUGUUUUUCAUGAAAGGUCA